AUGGACACACUCAAAAAAGCCAUUUUACAUUUUCUUCUUCUUCAUUUUCCACGAGUCGGUCUUCUUCAUUCUAUGUCACAGAUUUGCCUCUUUUUUGCCGUUGCUUCCAUAUUUUUGUUGGUUUUUCUUGCUUUUUAGUGUAUAUGUAUGCCUUGCUGUAUGCUUUCCAUCAUUUCCGUUUCAUUUCAAACGACACCCCGGUUUUUAAAUGUGUGUAAGCUCGUGUUUUCUUUUUUUGCUUUUCUUUUUUCUUUUUUGAUUGGUUCCUUCCGUUAUUGGGUUGGUUAUAACUAAAUUAUUUUUCUUUCUGUUGUCUUUUUUCAGCUUCUCCUUUUCUCUUUUUCUUGUCCAUCAAAGUCGUAAAAUAUUAUUUUCUCUUUUUAUUCUCAUUUUCAUAUUCCAGAUGAAAUUGCUCACAAAUCUCAUAAUCGUGUCAAUUUUAACAUUUUGCUCGAGCAGUCCAGUUCGAGAUGAAAUCAUCUCAAUUUUUGAGAACGACAAUUCCACUACUUCAAUCAUUGAGGAGGAUUAUUCAAAUUCAACGCUCUUGAAUUCUAAUUCAACAACAAUUCCUCUUCCAAUGGAAAAAACGGAACCAACUUCUACUAUACGAAUAUCACACCAUACACAUAAAAAAUUCACAAUGCAGGUAUAGUUUAAAAAGUGCCAAAAUUAUCAUUUGCCGCGAAUUUUGCGAUGAAAAAUAUCACCUGUCCGGAUUAUUUGCACUCAAAAAUGAUGAAAUCUGUCAUGUAGCGCACCAGUCAGACAUGUAGCGCACCAGUCAGUUAAAUUGCCACCCACCUGUGUGUGAAAAAAUAAAAUUAAAAAAAAAACGAAAAAGUUUAUGGAGGUAUGGGGAAUUGAACCCCAGCCCUCUCCCAUGCUAAGGGAGCGCUCUACCACUGAGCUAUACCCCCAGAUGAAAGCGCUGCCUUGCAUUCCAGUUUUAUGAACACAUGCCAACGCAAAGAAGAUAAAUAAUGCAACAUUUAUUGUUUGUUCUUCUUUUUUUCCAAGCGCAUGUAAUUAGAAUUAAUAUUAAAAAGGAUAUAAUCGAUUUUUCAUUUUAUCGAAAAAUUAUCAAAGGUCGUUUUUUCUUCUCCACAUAAAUAAUCAGAGCACUUCUUUUGUUUUAGUUACUUUCAUAAAAUAUUAAUCUCCAGAAAAAUGCACUUUUUUGCCUCUCGAAAACUUUUUUCAAAGAAUAAAAAAUUAUGGGGUUAGUUACACUCAUGUGCGCUUCAAUGAACAAAAUCUAACAAUUACAUAUGUAUUUUGUGGAUUUCCGAAAAGUGCAGAAAACUGGGGAAACGUGUUGUUAUUUUUUCCAGGAGAGUAUGACAGUGGCUCGAACAAAUGAUGAGGGAAUAAAAGUUUGUUUGACGUUCUAUCGACAUUUGGCUGAUGAUGAUUAUACCCACGAAGGAAUUUGUACACUGGGAAAGUGAGUAUAACUAUGUAACAUGUGCUGGGUGGUAUCGGCUAUUUUGAAAACACAAAAAUACAAUUUUUGGGAGCUGACUGGCAAGUAAUUAGUGCAGUAAUAUUUUUUGAAAAAAUUAGAGCUGUAAAUCCAUUUUUUGAGCUCUUCGUUUAGAAAAUCAAAGAAUUUUCUCCACAAUAUUGAAUAUUCAAAAAGUUAUUUUUAACUUCAAGUUUUAAUCUUCAGAUUCUGAAUUUUCAAGAAUAUCCAGGCUUGAAGAUUUCGAAACAUUUUUGAGACUCCAACACACACUGCUGAUUUGUGAAACAUUUUCUAUUUCAUAGUUUUCAGACACUACUUUUGAUAAAAUAAUCGUUUUUUUAAACCAUACUUUUAACUUGUUCCAUUCCCAAAAAUGCACAUUUUACAUUUGACUUUGAACAAUUCAAUUAUCCUAACAGCGUUAGUAUCUGCUCCAGAAAUUCUUUGAACUUUUGAAACUUUCGAAUUAACAAUAUUGAAGUGAAAAUUUAUUUGUUGAGAUUAUCGUGGUUUAGAAACCACAUUUUCAAAUUAUUUAUGUACAUUUUAAUUAUAUUGAAAAUACAAUAUUUCUGAAUGUGAGAAUUUCAAGUUCAAAUGUGUACUAUGAAGAACAUAGUUUUUUCUCUCAAUUUUCAUACAAAAACGUCAAAAUGAUCGAUCCUGCCGUUCAGGUGAUCCUGAAUCGUAGAGGUCCCGAAAAUCGCGUGAAUCUCGAUGUCGUUCUCCUGAGUUGAUCAGGAGAAAAUUGAAAUUCCAAAACAAACGUCAUAAAAAAUCACGACUUUGAAUAAUAUUUUUGCAGCUGCAUCGAUGAUCCGGACAUAGUGAAUUGCAAAACCCAUUUCCCAGAAAAGUUCGAAGAUGAUUUGCAACCCAACGAAUAUAAUUGA